AUGGCUGAAGCCCUGUUUGAGAACUUCUUGACUUGUCCCAUCUGCCUGGAGCCUCUGAAGGAGCCGGUGAGUCUGAGCUGCCAUCACAGCUUCUGCCAGACCUGUCUCAACAAAACCUGGAACACAAGGCCAAACAAGACUUGCCCCAUGUGUCGCCGUAGGUCGUCCCGAGAGACAGUAGAGGUGAACUUUGCCCUCCGUGAGCUGUCCCUGUCGUUCAGUGAGCAGAUGAAGGUCAAAGAGUCAAAUGUCAAAGAGGCAAAAGUCAAAGAAGCAAAGGUCAAAGAGGAAAAGGUCAAAGAGCCAAAGGUCAAACAGGCCCAGGUCUGCUCCUCUCACCCCGGCGUCCCUCCUCUGUUCUGUUUGGUGGAGGCUCGAGCAUUCUGUCCCGUGUGUGAAUUCUUUCUGCACUCACAGCACAUGGUGGUGAGUGAGGACGAAGCAAAGAAGAGGCUAAAAGAGCAGGUGCAGACCCAGAUACAGGCUCUGAAGUACCAGAAACAGAGCUAUGAAGAACUGGAGAAGACCUACGAGCAGGUGGAGCGCCAUCAUGAGGAGCAGACAGUGGAGUGCAUGAGGCAGAUCACACAUGUAUUCUCUCAGUUUCGGCAGAUCCUGAAGGAGGAGGAGGACAGGGCUUUAGAAGCUCUGAACGCUGAGAAGAAGAGACAGACUCUGAGCCUGGGUCUGGAGCUGCAGAAGGUGAGGAAGGAGAUCACAACACUGACCAACAGCAUCCAAGAUCUGCAGAACAGCAUCGUCACUCAAUCUCUCCUCUCAGCUCCCACACAAAGCUGCACCCCCCUCACUCCACUGCUCCACCCACAGCCAAAAGAGGGACUUUACCUGAACCAGGCCAGAAUCCUGAGGAACCUGGACUACAGAGUAUGGAUGAAGAUGAAGAGUGUGGUGUCCAACAGCCAUGUGAUCCUGGACCCCAACACUGCAGAAAGCAACAUGCACCUGUCCCAGGACCUAUGUGGGAUGAGACACGGGCCCCCGAUGAUACAGCCUGUGGUCCCAUUCACCAACGAGCACAUAGUCCUGGGCUCUGAAGGCUUCAGCAAUGAACUGGGGUUUGGUGGCUUAAGCUAUGGACUGCACCCAUUUCCACCUGUGCAGUCAACAGCUUUUAUGUGGUAA